AUAGGUGUAGUCCAGUAGUAAGAUAAGAUGUGGCCCAUUAAGAAGUCCAACCCUAAAUAGAUACCGUCGCCGCCUUCAUCUUCAUCUUCUAGUGCUGAAAGAAAGAAAGAAAAAAGCGUCCUCCGGUUGAAAGGAAAGGAAAGGAAGGGAAGAUGGGAAGGGAGCAAUCUCAAAUGUCAUACACCGUGGAGCAACUCGUUGCUGUCAAUCCCUACAAUCCUGACAUCCUCCCAGAUCUUGAAAAUUACGUCAACGAACAGGUUUCAUUGCAGACGUACAGUUUAGAUGCAAAUCUUUGUCUUCUUCGCUUGUAUCAGUUUGAGCCAGAGAGGAUGAGCACUCAGAUCGUAGCUCACAUUUUGAUAAAGGCUCUUAUGGCAAUGCCUGCUCCAGAUUUCAGCUUAUGUCUCUUUUUAAUCCCAGAGAGAGUGCAAAUGGAUGAACAGUUCAAGACUCUUAUAGUUCUCUCCCACUAUUUGGAGACUGCUAAAUUUCGUCAGUUUUGGGAUGAAGCAGCCAAAAACCGCCAUAUUCUUGAAGUUGUGCCAGGGUUUGAGCAAGCAAUUCAAGAAUACGCUGUUCACGUUCUGUCUCUGACGUACCAAAAUGUCCCAAGAUCUGUUGUUGCUGAGGCAAUUAAUAUUGAGGGGGUGUCUUUGGAUAAGUUUAUUGAGCAGCACGGUUGGAUUGUGGAAGGCAAAGGCGAACUUGUGUCACUGCCUAGGAAUGAGUUCAAUCAUCCUGAGCUGAGGAAGGCAAGUAGUGCCAACAGCAUCCCGUUGGAUCGUAUUACUCGUAUUUUCCCUCUUCUUGGUUAGCGUCUUUUUUAUGUUAAAUGGAUUUUUUUCUAUAUUCUGCCUGGUUUGCUUUAUGCAAAGAUGUUAUUUGUGUUAGAUUCAUCUUCAGCAUUGUCCUCGGGGUCGUUUUGCAUAUUUUGUUUGGCCUGUAUCUUGUUGAUCUUUAGGGGCUCAUUGGUAAUCUUUUGGUUUUUUUAUGCUUUCUUGUCUUGCAACCAAAUCGAAAUGCAGCUUUUGACA